AUGUACGAACCCAUUGCCGUGAUGCAAUGUCCAUCACCGAGUCAACACUUGUCCAGUGUGGUAGUUGGUGUCACCACUUUUGUUCCGUGGUGGCGGCAUAUUAUUUCGCUCUAUUUACACGAGCUACGUUCGAUGAUGUCACAAGCGAUAUUUAUCAUCGCUCUGUUGGUCUCAACCGGUGUACCUUCAGCACAAAGUAAUGAGACUGAUGAUCCAACUGAUGAUCGUCAUUCAGAUUCGUCGGAUCAAAGUGGCAAUGGUAAUGGCAAUAUCGAGGAUACUAUUACUAGCACCCUCGAUUCA